AUGCGGCUGCUCAGUUUCUCUUUAUUGUUUGUCGCUCUCUUAGCGGGCUCUGUAUCGGCUCGGUUUUCUGACUUUGAAGCCUUCAAAAAUAAAUUCAAUCUCCAGGAAAAUUUAGGAACCCUUAGUAUUUACCAUGAACCAUAUUUUACUGGAUUGAGCACUGCAUUUCCGGAGUCGUGUGAAAUUCGUCAAGUCCAUGUUUUGCAACGCCAUGGUUCACGAAACCCUGCCAGUGAUGACGGUUUGUCUAGCGCUAUAAAGCUUGUUGAAAUGCAAGAAAGAUUAUUAAAUGGGUCACUCCCAAUCAACUAUACAAUUCCUAACAACCCCUUUCGGUUUAUCAAAUCUUGGGUUCCCGUCAUCGAUAUUCGUAACACCGACCAGCUUUCCAGUAUGGGUCGUGUAGAGCUUUUUGAAAUGGGUCGUGAAGUUUUUAUUCGAUAUAGAGAACUGUUUGACGCCGAUGUGUAUGAUAUCAAUACAGCGGCUCAAAAGCGUGUCGUCGAAUCUGCAGAGUGGUACAGUUACGGCAUGUUUGGAGACGAAAUGGCAAAUAAAACGAAAUUUACUUAUCUUGCCGAGGAUGAGUCUCCAGGUUCUAAUUCUCUUUCCAACUAUAAUUCUUGUCCUGUUUAUUACGAAAACAACAUCGACCUCAAAGAGGUAAACGAAGCUUCUCAUACUUGGGGAAAUUCGUUUUUACCUUCUAUUAUAAAUCGUCUUUUUCCUUACUUUUCAAACUACAAUCUCACCGUUGAGGAUGUUGAAACCUUUUUCUAUUUAUGUGCUUACGAACUCACUCUAAAAGAUGAGAGCGACUUUUGCUCUCUUUUUAACCCAUCCGAUAUUAUGAACUUUGAGUACACAUACGACGUGAAAAACUCCCUUUAUGGUGGUCCUUCUUCGAAAUGGGUCAAUGUUUUGGGUGGUCCUUAUAUUCAUAAUCUGGCGAAUUCUCUUCAUUCCGUCUAUAAUGAAAGCGAUCACCAAAAAGUAUUCUUGGCUUUCACCCACGAUGCUCAAAUUAUUCCUGUCGAAUCUGCUCUUGGUUUCUUCCCCGAUAUAACUCCUGAACACCCUCUCCCUGUAACUCAUAACCCUUAUACUUAUUCUAUGAAAACUUCAUCAUUCGUUCCUUUUGCUGGAAAUCUAAUAACCGAACUUUUCCAAUGCCAAGAUCAAAAGUAUUAUGUCCGUCACCUUGUCAACCAGCAAGUCUUUCCACUAACAGACUGUGGUUAUGGUCCUUCUAACUCUUCAGAUGGUAUGUGUGAACUUUCCGCUUACCUGAAUUCUCCUGUUCGUUACAAUUCUACACAUAACGGAACCGACAUCUUUAAUGCUGCUUGCAAGGCAAAGCCAGCCAAUGUCACCCUUCAUUAUUAG